AUGAUAAUUGCUACAUGGAACAUUGGGGGGCUUAAUCAAGCCCACAAGCAAAAAGAGGUGAAAACUCUUAUUGCUGCAAAUAAAGUAGAUAUUAUGGCAUGUAGAGAAACUAGAGUAAAGGAGCAAAAAGCAAAGAAAAUCCAAAAAAAGAUAGCUAAUGGGUGGAGUGUGUGCUGUAAUUACUCAUGUGCUGUAAAUGGUAGAAUCUGGCUAUUGUGGAGGAAUCCUAUUCAAGUGAUAAUCAGUCAUAUGACUGAUCAAUUUAUCCAUUGCAAAGUUGAAGACCAUAGAACUCAGUUCAAGGCUCAACUUAGUAUUAUCUAUGCACAGAAUGAUGGGCACAAGAGGGAAAAAGAUAGAAUAGGAUCUCCAGUUACUGCUGCUGAAGUAGAGGGAUUUAAAGGGAUGAUAGAUGAUAUGCAACUUACCCCUCUGAGGGCAAAAGGGUGGCAUUAUACUUGGACAAAUAAACAAGGAACUGGGAGUAGAGUGUAUAGCAAGAUUGACCGGGCACUAGGAAAUUAUCAGUGGAUUCAACAAUAUGGGCAUGUGGAAGCAGACUAUAUGAAUCCUUCUGUAUCUGACCAUUCUCCUAUUCUUAUAAAGUGUGGCAGCCAGAAACUACUACAUCCUAAACCUUUCAGAUUAUACACAAAUGUUAUGGACCAUCCUCAGUUUCACAAUAUAGUUCAGCAAACAUGGCAAAAGAAGUAUGAAGGAAUACCUAUGCAGAAGAUAUGGUACAAACUAAAGAGUCUAAAAGAGCAGCUUAAGGUGAUUAAUACUUACAUGGCUUCCUACAGACAGAAACUUGAUCAGGCAAGAGAAAGAUUGGACAUUGUGCAAAACCAGAUGAAGCAGAAUCCUUUGGCACAGUCUCUUAUAAAUGAAGAGAAAGAAGUAAUAAGUGAAAUAGAAAAAUGGAGUAAAGUGGAGGAACAAGUACUGAGACAGAAAUCAAAGGCCAGUUGGAUUGAAUGUGGAGAUGAUAAUACUAAAUACUUUCAUGCACAAUGGAAGAUUAGGGCCAGCCAAAACAAUAUAACUACCAUUUACACAUAA